UUUCUUUUACACUGGAUGCCGCCUGUUCAUUUGUGUGUUUACAGCGUUUUGUUUUUAUUUCAAGUUUCCAGUAUCUGCAAUAUUUUUAAGAUUAAUUUUCAGCUUUAAGGCAGGAAGGUGCUAAUAGAGUGAUUAUUUGUCAUUAAAUGCUGAAAAUGCCACAUGGUGUCUGUGUAAACUGCCUUUGAAAGCAGCGACCGAGACAUUUCUAUGAACAGCAUCACACCAAACACUGGAGGAACUCAGCGGGUCAGGCAACAUCUAUGGAGGGAAACGGACAGUCGACGUUUUGGUUUGAGACCCUCCAUCUGGUCGAAUUUGUGGACUGCAAUAUUUCCCAAUGAUGUAGCAACAGAACACCAAUCCCUUGUAUUCACAAAAAGAAUGAUGGCUUUGGGAGUAUCAUGUAUCACAUAUCUGCGUGGGAUAUUUCCUGAAGAUGCCUAUAGAACUCGAUAUUUGGAAGGCAUGUGUGUAAAAAUAUUGCGUGAUGACAGUCAGUUUCCUGGAGCAAGCAAAGUAGUAAAAUGGAUGCUGGGCUGUUUUGAUGCUUUGGAGAAAAAAUUUCUACGAACAAUUAUUCUUGGAGUUCAUAGAGAUCCAGAGGAUCCAAAUAGUAUAAUAGAGUCUUACCAGUUUAAAAUCAAGUACACUGCAGAUGGACCAAAGCUGGAUAUUUUAAGCAAAAACAAACAUAUUGGAACUGAAGUAAGCUUUCAAGAUACAAAGAAAGCCUCCAUACUGCUCAUCCGUAAGCUAUUUGUCUUGAUGCAGAGCCUGGAGGUUCUUCCUAAUGAUGUGUCUUUGACAAUGAAACUCUUCUAUUAUGAUGAAGUGACUCCUCCUGACUAUCAGCCUCCGGGGUUUAAAAAAGUGCGGGUCACCACAGAGAAAGAGACAAUGGAACAGCUGAAGAAAGAGAACGUGCUAGACGAGGAAAAUGAAACUUCACAACAGGAAUUUGAAGAAGUCAAAUCCAUGGGCAGAAACUCUGUAAUGGCUGGCAUUCCAAACCACCAAAAUACUACUGUUCAGCCGAUACUCCAGAAAUACAUGCCUAGAGAGCAAUCAUUUGGUGCUUCAGAGAAAGAGAUAAAGCAGUUGGUAGCAAAGGCAGCAGAGCUGGAUGUUUCAGACAAAAGGACAAAAGUUGGGAAAGAGCUGGUACAAGGGAAUGGUUUACGGCAAAAUGGAGAAAUGCACCUGGAACCACAGAAGUUGAGUACUACACAGUCAAUAAAAGCUGUUCGAGCAAAAAAGACUAUCUCUGAAGUUAACCGUGAAGCAAAUAAAUCUGCAGUGCUUCAAGAGAAGAAUACAAAGAGAAGGAGAAAAAAUUGAGAAAUGGAUAAAUUUGAUAAUAUUUGAUAAAUAGUCUUAUGGCUAUUAAGCUAAUUAAUUUUUAAUUAGUAUUUUGAAUUGAUUACACAUUACCAUUAUUUAAAACAAUAUGAGUAAAUAUUAUUAAUAUAUGUCUGAAAAUGUAUAAAAUAUACAUACCUUGGAUGUACCUGCAGUUAAAUAGAACUUCCUAGUCAUGUGUGCCUUAUAACAUGAAACCAGCUUUCUAAAGAAGUUUUCUUCUCUGUGAUAAACACAUUUAUGAAAGUUUAUCUAGCUUAAGCAAGGUUUCAAAAUGGACUCAGUCGGCUACUUUAUUUCACAUCUUAUUUCAGUCCAGCAAGAUGUGUAAGUAUAAGGUUUGUUUUUUUAAAAA